GCCUCGUUGCAUCCGAGAGAGCAAGAUGGGUCACCAGCAGCUCUACUGGAGCCAUCCGAGGAAAUUUGGCCAGGGUUCUUGUUCUUGCCGCGUCUGCUCAAACCGGCACGGUCUGAUCCGGAAAUACGGCCUCAAUAUGUGCCGCCAGUGUUUCCGUCAGUAUGCGAAGGAUAUAGGCUUCAUUAAGUUGGAUUGAGUGAACUUCCUUGCAUGGGUCAUCCAAGAUACCUACCUGCAGAUAACCAAAAUACCUACCUUAAUGCCAGCUCAUUGUACAUAAAAUAAAAAU